GAUACUGCGAAGCUCAGCCGAGCGGCCGUGGAGGCGCCGAGCAAUAGUACGGUACUGGCGACGGAGCUGGAACGGAGGGAGGGGCAGAACAGCAGCGGGGAGUCAGUGGUGGAGGCGGAGGCGGAGGAGCUGAGAGAGCUGAAGCGGCGGCGGCGGCGGCGGCGACUGACGGAUCGGGUGGUCAGCCUCGGAACCAUUAAGUCCUUCGUGAACCACUUUCAAUUUCUGAAUGUGUUAAAACUCCAAACUAAUAUUUUUGAAGACUAUGUACCAUCAACAUAACUGCUUUUAUACUGUGUUAAGAAAGAUUACCAGCAGCAAUUUUGCAACAAGAUGAAGAAAAUUAGAAUGCAAAUAUUUUUUCCUGGAACAUGGCAGGACACUCCAUGAAACAAAAAGAAAUAAAUGGAAAUGUGGAAAUUUCUGUUCCAUUGGAUGACUGUGGAUUAGAUGUCAGAAAUCCAUUAGCAAAUCAAAUAUAUCUUAAACCUAAGGAAGCCUUCAAAAGAGAGACAAUAAAAUCAGAUGCAAAUAUAUCUUUUGAUUCUGAAGCAUUGGAUUCUCAGGAGUCAAAUGUUGCUGGUCAUGUAAUCUACAUGGAGGACGCUGUUUCAGAAGAGAAGCCCAUUUUAACCGGGGCUGAAUUGGCAGAGGACAAACAAAAAAAUGUUUUGCCAAAAGAAUUAUCGAGUGCAUGGAUGGAGGAAGGAAGUAAUGAUAUAUGGAGUGACUUUGCAAGUUAUUGUAAAACGCCUCUUGUUCUACAGCAGGGUGUUGGUACUUGUGGGUUUCCCAUGAUAGAAGAGAAUAAUUCCGUGGAAGAGCAUUCCCUGCAGCAGAGAAGCAAUGUUUUUAAUGACAACUUCAGGAGCCAUCAUCCCUUUCCCGGCCAGGGUCAUAAACCUCAUACACGGGAUGAAUUUGACGGUGAAUCCAAACUCUCUGUAUCAGCAGCCAAUGCUUGUGCACACUCGGUCAGCACUUCAAAAUUAGACGUUUCUAGGGAUGCCAACGACAAUCCAGGCCAGUGUGUUGGUUUUGCAGACUCCACUCUAAAAUGGACACCAUGUGAGAGUAAUGACUGGUUAAUGGAAAGCACUUUUCAGAGUGACUGCAGAGAAACUGCAACUUCCGACUUUGGUGCAGGUGGUGUUCUGUGCCCUACUACCUCGUCACUUUUGCACAUCCAGGAGGUUCUCUCUGCAAAUUCUGCUUUGAAGGUUGAUGCAAGGAAUCUCAUCGAAAACAUUUUCCAGAACUCUUUUCCUUCUCAACCUAUAAAACAUGGAUUUGAAGAUUUUCCUGCGCUGGAGAAGUCUCUUGAGAUGAACGGGGAAGGAUGUGAUCCAAUUAAAGCAAUGGAAUCAACAAGUUAUGAAUUUGCCAAUGCAUUGGAAGAACUUCAGGAUCUAAACAAAGUCUGCUUAAAAUCAUCCUGGAAAGUAUCACAUUCUCGGGAGAAGCUGUUAUCUACACUGGGAAUUGAUCAAAGUCAAAAGGAUAAUGGACAAGCUGAUCUAAAGGAGGCCAUGGCUUCUUAUUCAGACCUGGAGAAGACUGAAGUAUUUGCAGGAGUUGCAGCCUUACCUCACAACGGUACAAAGGCCCUCAUCCAGACCAGGAUCUCUGUAAUGCCACCCCAAAGAGUCAGCCAUGGUUUCGGUCAUCGGUUGGAGACUGCGUUUGUGCAGUGGAUGCAGAUGAAUGGAAAUCGAGCUUUAAAAAUCCCAAAGAUCAAAAGACAUUCAUGGUUUAUGUGAUAAAAUAUUUAAAUCAAGUGUGCUUAGAUUUUUUUUUCUAGUUGUUCAGUUUCAUUUCAAAUGUUUACCUACAUUUGUCACUUUUUCAUAUAAAGCUUCAUAUUUUAAUUAAAUAUUUCAAAGUAACUUUUGGAAUUUAGUUAUAGCACAUGUUUUAAAGCAAAUAUUUAACAGAUUGUUGAUAAUUAUAUUUAAUAUUUUUAAAGCACUGUCAUUCUCAGAAUUUGGAUUACACAAACACGGUCGUCCUGUUUUUUCCAAUUCCCUGCUUUGCUGAAAGAUGCAAACAUUGAUUUUAUGGCUGACUGAUCUACCAGGCCUCUGCUAAGGGCAUUUUGGCAAUACCGUGCAACCUUCAACCCUCACCACAGCCACCCCGCCUUCUAAUAAUUCUUGAGCUCAUUAAGAGCGUGCGCGUGUGUGUGUCUAUGCUUGUGUCUCUGUGCAUAUAAUGCACCUGUUUAAAGUGCCUCUACAAAAACAAUCUGAUAUAAAUUCUUCUGCUUGCCACUGACCAAACAUCAUUCCCUGAAGACUACUUGUAAGCUAGUCAGAUUUUCCCAUAUUCAGCAGCUGAUUGGCCAGUUAAAGUUGUGCUGAAUUCCAGGUUUUUAACCACUGGAUUUAACAGUCAUCGGUGGGAUUUGAAUGUGAGUUUGCUGUGUUCCAAAUUGAUCUUUGGAAUUCCUAAACUACUAUAUCCCCUUAUGUUUUGGGGCUUAAGUUUAUGUAUGACUACUAUGACAGUUUUACCGUGGAGAUUUAUAGUUAUUCUGCAUCAAUACAAAACUAGCAAUAUUACUCAGGAGAACACCAAGCACAAGACUGUGAAAUUACAUGGUUCCUUCUGACAACUAUAGGGUGCAGGAAUUGGGAGUUGUUAGAAGUUGGUAUGAUUGUUGUGGAGUUACCAUGUGGUAUAAUACUAUCCUUAACAGACUCAAGUGGAAGUUUAUUCUUUUAUCAUGUUAUAUAUUUGUAAAUGCUCAAAAUAUAAAGGCUUCAAAUAGUGAUGUUACUUUAUACAAACUGUUUGUAAAUAUAAUGUGAUGUCAUUGUACAGCAGGAAUAUGUCUGGUAGGCUUUAUUGAAUGUGCAUUGUUGGAUGCCACAAUUUUUGGUUGGCAUCUCUUGCUAUAUUUGUUACAAUACUUAUUUCUGUUUUAUUUUUAAUAUAAGUGAUGAUGGAAUAUUUUUGGUUCCAGCUACAUUGAUUUAAAUUUCAUCUUCACUUAUAACUUUAGCUGUAUUCAGAAAUUGAUGGGCUGAAUGGCCUAAUUCUGCUCCUGUGUCUUAUGGUCUAAUACUUGCUAUCCACACAUUUUAAUUAUCAACUUAUUAAGUUUCUAUCCUAGAAAUUUAAUAAAAUCUUAAUUAUUUUUGUAUAAUAUCAGGUCUUUUCUGUAAUUGUAUUUUUUCGUAUUUCUAGCACAAGUUAUGACUGUCGGAGGUUUUUACCUUGGCACGGAGACACAAGACAGCAGACGCUGAAAUCUGGAGCAACAAAUAAUGUGCUGGAAGAACUCAGCUGAUCGAGCAGCAUCUGCUAGAGGGAAUAGGAGGGGGCACUGGCAAUUUCUUCAUCUCCCAUCUCCUCCACUCUGCGGAGAUGCUACUCGAUCUGCUGAGUUCUUCCAGCAGAUUAUUUGUUACUUUGUUUUUAAGAUUCAUUCAAGAGACUUGGGUUUUACAGUUUGAGCCUGCUUUUUAUUGCCCAUCCCUAGUUGCCCUGGAGGAGAUAGUGGGUGAGCUGCUGUAGUCCUUGAGGUGUGGUAUUCCCACAAUGAGUUCCAAGAAUUUCACUCUGCAACAGCGAAGGAACAGUGAUACACUUCUAAGUCAAGAUGGGUUGUUGCCUGCAGGGCAGCUUCCAAAUUGUGGCAUUCAGAUGCUUUUGCCGUCCUGGUCCUAGCGUUUGGAAGGUGAGGUCCAAGGAGUGUUGGUGAUUUGCUGCAGAUGGGACAAACUGCUGCUAUUGUGUGUUGAUGGAGUGAGCAAAUGGUUCUGGAUGAGGUGUCUAUGUGCUAGCUGCUCAUGAGUGUCACUGAAGCUGCACUCAUCCAGGCAAAUAGGGGCUAUUCCAUCACACUCCCGACUUAAGCUUUGUAAUGUUGGACAGGCUUUGAGGAACUAGCUGCAGGACUCCAAGUCUCUGACCUGCUUAUGGAGCCAAUUGUGUGUAAUGUAUUCCAGUUCAAUUUUAUGUCAAUGGUAACUCACUCCCUCAAACCCACCAGAUUUUAGUGGGUGAUUCAGUGAUGGUAAUGUUGAUAGCUUGGAUUUUCUCUUCUUGAAUGUUGUCAUUUCGAAAGUACUUUUUUUCUGCAUAUACCCACAUACUGGUAAAUAGGAAAUUAAUAACUGCAGAAGCUUCUGCGGAUGCUGGACAUCCAGAGCACCACACACAAAAUGGAAGAACUCAGCAGGCGAGGCAUCUAUGGAAAUGAAUAAGCAGUCAGCGUUUCAGGCCAGGACCCUUCAUCAGGACUGGAAAGAAGGAGGGAAGAUGUCAGAGCGGAGGGGAGGAAGACUAGCUAGAAGGUGAUAGGUGAAGCCAGGUGGGGGAGGGGGAUGAGCUGUUAGGGACUGGGCUGGGGAAGGAGAGAUCUGAUAGGAGAGGUGAAUGGACUGUAGGAGGAGGGGCACCAUGGGGAAGAUGAUAGGCAGGUGAAGAGAAGAGGUAAGUGGAAAAUAGAAGAGGGAAGGGGGAGGGAAAGAAUCUUACCAGAAGGAGGAAUUGAUGUUCAUGCAUUAGGUUGGAGGCUACCUGGAUGGAAUGAGAUGCUGCUCCUCCACCUGAGAGUGACCUCAUCGUGGCUGAAGAGGAAAUUGUGGACCAACAUUUCAGAACAAGAAUGGGGACAGGAAUUAAAAUGGUUGGCGACUGGGAACUUCCAUUCUUUGUGGCAUGUUAGAGGUCAGUCCACCACACUAGAAUAGCACCUCCUUUGUCUUCUGCGGACUUGAUGGUGAGGUUGAGAUUGGUGCAGAGAGAGUGGAGGGCAGUACUUGCACAGGGUGUAAGAAGAACUUGGUGUCGUGCUGAUCGUGAAACUUGCUGCGCUGUGGACAAAUGAGGACAAAGGUAAGGCUCUUACUGGGGACAGAACAUUCCACCUCAGAGGGGAAGGUCAGAGGGAAUGGAGAAGACACAGCAGGAAUUAAAGCUGAGAACAUGGGGGGAGGAGAGUUGGUGGCGUCAGAGGAGGAGGGAGUGUUGGGGUAUUUGGGGAAGAUGAGGUGGGAAGAAGAUGGAGCUGCUGAGGAUCCAAAAAGUGGUGGUGGGGAGCCUGAGGUGCCUGGUGUUUGGGGUGUGGUGGUAGGGGAAGUGGAGCACGGGAACGCUGCAGCAACAGGGAAGGUCUUGGCUGGAGGUGGAGGUGACCGAGAUCAGGGCUAGAGCUGGAGGCUGCAUAAUUCACAGUCUGAAGGCGUCAGGGGUUAUAGGACUUCCUUAGACCACAAAAUCAACCUGGAAAGUCAUAAGCACAUGACUUUGUGCAAGGUAAAGUGCUGUGUGGCCACUGCCUGUGACAGCAGAAUGACUGUUCUGUCAUCCAACCAUUGUGUCACCUGACUUGGGAAUGAUGGAGUGUGGCUGCAUGAUGAUGGUCUCACCCCACUACUACUGCAUAAUCCUUCCCGGCUUUAAUGUGCAGAUGGUUUCAAAUACAUAUCUUUUCAACAUGAGCAUACAUUUGUGCCUUGAUCCUUUCAGAUUCCAGAAAUCUAUACUGAUAUAGAUUGUCAGGUGUGCAUUGCCCUGCAACAAUGGGAGACGCAAUGAUUCCAAGAACAAACCACUCGUUUGCUUUCACAAUGGAAGCACUUGGCAUCUGGGAUUUAGUUUUCCAUUAAUAUCAGGAUAUAUAUAAUAACAGCAAGGUUGCAUAUAUUGCUUGGGAGUAGGUACAGAGGAGAUGUCAGGGGUAAGUUUUUUACGCAGAGAGUGGUGAGUGUGUGGAAUGGGCUGCUGGCAACGGUGGUGGAGGCGGAUACGAUAGGGUCUUUUAAGAAACUUUUGGAUAGGUACAUGGAGCUUAGAAAACUAGAGAGCUAUGGGUAACCCUAGUAAUUUCUAAGGUAAGGACAUGUUUGGCACAACUUUGUGAACUGAAGGGCCUGUAUUGUGCUGUAGGUUUUCUAUGUUUCUAUGUUUAUAUUGGCCAUUGCCAUUUGGAAAAAAGCAGAUGAUGUAGAAAGCUACCUUAAAUCUCUGGGUCUUUCUAGUUGACAGUCAGGAGAUAGAACUAGAUAGUCUUCUUAGUUCUGUAGGGAUGUUGAAUGCCCAUGUAUGGGGUGGAAACUUUGAAAAGAUGUGGGCAUUGCAGAAGAGGUGAGGACCUGUUUCUGAUUCCUAAUUACUCAGGAUUUGUCCUCCUCAAUAGAAGUCGUAUGUUUGGAAAAUACUGUUUAAAUAGCCUAGGUAACAUUGGCGGACAUUUACUGUUCAGUGUGAAUGUGACAAGGAGGUACAAAUGCGUGGGCCAACCAACCUUUUAAUCUACUCAAAGAUCAUUCUAACCCUUUCGUUCUCAUUUGUUCAUUCAGUGUCGUGUUGUAUGAGGUGGGUGAUCAUGGUCUUUCCAUGACCAUGGUUGUUCUUGGCAAAUUCUGCAGAAGUGGUUUGCCAUUGCCGCCUUCUGGGCAGUGUCUUUACGAGGUGGGGUGACCCCGGCCAUUAUUAAUACUCUUCAGAGAUUGCCUAGCGUCAGUGGUCACAUAACCAGGACUUGUGAUAGGCACCAGCUGCUCAUACGGCUAUCACCACCUACUUCCAUGGCUUUAUGUGACCCUGAUCUGGUGGGGGUGGGAGGGGUGUGGGUUAAGCAGCUGUUACACCUUGUCCAAGGGUGACCUGCAGGCUAGCAGAGGGAAGGAGUGCCUUCCACCUUCUUUGGUAGAAUCGAAUCUCCACCCAGCCACCCCCACAAAGCCCAUAACCCUCCAUUUCUCUUACAAUCAUGAGCCUGGCAAAGAAUCUCUUAAAUGUCCCCAAUGUAUCUGCCUCAUCCACCACUCACUGCUGUAAAAUAACCUCCCUCUGAUAUCACCCCGAAACAUUCCUCUACUAAUUUACCACUCUCUGUAUAGAACAUUGAACUCUACAGCCCAGUGCGGUCCUUUUGCCCACAAUAGUGAUGACACAGUAGCGUAGUGGUUAGCACCAUGCCUUACAGUUUGUACGUUCUCCCCGCGACUGCGUGGGUUUCCUUUGGGUUCUCUGGCUUCCUCCCACUGUCCAGGGACAUACCGGUCGGUGGGCGUGGUUGGUCACUGUAGCUUGUCCUGUGAUUAGGCUAAGAUUGGGUCCGAGGUUGCUGGGUGAUGCAGCUGGAGGGGCCUAUUUCACACUGUAUCUCAGAAAAAACAAUUGUACUGAUCUUUUAACCUACUCUGAGAUCUAAAUCUCCCUUUGCUGCCCACUUUUAUUUUGUUGCUGCUUGUGUUCUGUACUGUCCUGCCAAGCAUUACGGGCAUCCUAUGUUGGUGCCGGAAGGAGUGGCGACACUUGCGAGGAAAAUUGGCUGUUAACACAAACUCUUUGUGAAUUUUUAUAAAUGACCUGGAUGAGGAAGUGGAGAGAUGGGUUAGUAAGUUUGCUGAUGACACAAAGGUUGGAGGUGUUGUGGAUAGUGUGGAGGGCUGUCAGAGGUUACAGCGGGACAUUGAUAGGAUGCAAAACUGGGCUGAGAAGUGGCAGAUGGAGUUCCACCCAGAUAAGUGUGAGGUGGCUCAUUUUGGUAGGUCAAAUAUGAUGGCAGAAUAUAGUAUUAAUGGUAAGACUCUUGGCAGUGUGGAGGAUCAGAGGGAUCUUGGGGUCCGAGUCCAUAGGACACUCAAAGCUGCUGCACAGGUUGACUCUGUGGUUAAGAAGGCAUACGGUGCAUUGGCCUUCAUCAAUCGUGGGAUUGAGUUUAGGAGCCGAGAGGUAAUGUUGCAGCUAUAUAGGACCCUGAUCAGACCCCACUUGGAGUACUGUGCUCAGUUCUGGUUGCCUCACUACAGGAAGGACGUGGAAACCAUAGAAAGUGUGUAGAGGAGAUUUACAAGGAUGUUGCCUGGAUUAGGGAGCAUGCCUUAUGAUAAUAGGUCGAGUGAACUCAGCCUUUUCUCCUUGGAGCAAUGGAGGAUGAGAGGUGACUUGAUAGAGAUGUACAAGAUAAUGAGAGGCAUUGAUUGUAUGGAUAGUCAGAGGCUUUUUCCCAGGGCUGAAAUGGCUAGUAUGAGCAGGCAUAGUUUUAAGGUGCUUGGAAGUAGGUGCAGAGGAAAUGUCAGGGGUAAGUUUUUUUACACAGAGAGUGAUGAGUGCGUGGAAUGGGCUGCCAGCGGCAGCAGUGGAGGUGGAAAUGAUAGGGUCUUUUAAGAGACUCCUGGAUGGAUACAUGGAGCUUAGAAAAAUAGAGGGCUAUGGGUAAGCCUAGGUAAUUCUAAGGUAAGGACAUAUUCGGCAUGGCUUUGUGGUCCAAAGGGCCUGUAUUGUGCUGUAGGUUUUCUGUAUUUCUAUGUAAAUAACUUUAGUGUGUUGUACACGUCACAUAAUGUAGCCAGAGGAUGCAAGCAGUGAAGGGAAUAAUUGCCCAGGAUAUGGAUGAGGUGACAAUCAAGUGAUUGCUUUGUUUUGGAAUGUUGCUGAGCUCUUCUGAGUGUUGUUGGAACUGUACUUAUCUUGACAACUGGAGCAUCUGUUAUCAUGCUCCUGCUUUGUAAAUGGUGGAAAGUGAAUGGCAGGAGUUUAAAUCACUUGCAGGAUACCUGGUUCUUGACUUCCUGCUUUUACCAGAAUAUUUGUGGCUGGUCCAGCUGAGGGUGUGAUUAACUUCCUGCAUGUUGAUGGUGGGAAGGUUGUGAUGACACUGCCAUUGAAGAUGUGUUUGAAUGUCAUGAGGGUCUUGGAUGCUUCAUUUUCUGAGGAAGUGCAAAAGCAAAUGUAUCACUCCAGAUGAUAUGUUUAAUAACAGUACUGUUGACAAGGCUGCAGAGUUUAACCUCCACUGUAGUGGAAUUGCUUUGCUCUGACUGUUGUUGUUUGGUGCUAUGCUAGGUUAUUUCCAUUGCAGACUGACACCUCAUUUGUUUAGACACACCUGCAGGUGCUUUUGACAUGUCAUUGUGUACUCCUCUUAGAUCUACAGUUGAUCUGCUCCCUUGAUGGUGAUGGAUAUUCUAGGUAAAGAGGUGGUAUUAACAGCUGGUGCAGUAUUAAGCAAUUGUGAUGUGUAGUAGGAACAUCCUCUCAGACAAAAGGAUGGAUUUCAACAUUAAAUUGUUUUAUCAAAGUGUAUAUAUACACAUAUGUCACCAGAAACCACCCUGAGAUUCAUUUUCUCGUGGGCAUACUCAGCAAAUCUUAUAGAAUAUUAGCUAUUAACAGGGUCAAUGAAAGAUCAACCAGAGUGCAGAAGACAACAAACUAUUUGAUCACUAGAUUAAAAACUGUGUCAAGGGCUGGAGAUGAUAGUUGUACUCCUACUAUUUAGUUGAAGGAAAUUUAUUUUCAUCCAGUUUUCUACUAAACAAGCAAAUUGGUAAAUGAACCAGGGUUGGGAGAAAGCUCAGGUAUAGUUUGCCUUGUACAUACAUGUAUAACCUGGCAUAUUCAAAUAUGACCAAUGCACAAAUGAAAAAAUAUGAAAUUGCAAAUACUGUCAAUUUGUAAGAAUAUACAUUGGACAUUCAAUGCCCAUCUGAGUAAGUGUAUUGGAGUGAUUAGAUAGGGUAAAAAAACAACUAGGGCUGGUCAGGAUUCAUGGGCACCUAAAGAGUACCAAUUGUGAAGUUCAGAUGGUAAAACUUAAUUAUAGACCUGUUCAGGAUUUGUUCUAACAAACAAAUUAAACAUGUCUUUCACACUUUCUACUCAAGGGUAAUAUCUACGCUCAUAACGUAAUUGAGAACUGUGUGUGGACUUGCAGUUAAGCAAGCAGUGUGAGCUGGCUCCAAAACUUACCUGGAGCUUUCAGCAACUAUUACGGCACAGCCAGCCUGACAAGGCUUUUAAGGAAUACACAUCAACCUUAUGGUAUGAUACAGCACAAGGUCAUCUCACAAAAGCAAGCUGCAAGAGCCGCUGAGCCUUUCAGACAGGAUUCUGCAUGUCCCAAAUAAGGCAGCUUUGAAACAAUUUGUCUGAGCAAAACAUAGCUAGUCUAGAUCUCACCCUUCUGUGGUAAUCAUAUCUAUUAAUACUGGUUUACUCAGUCCCCACUGUUGUAUGUUUGCCAGAGUAGGCAUUUGUUUCUUUUCACAGGGCAGUUUAGCAAUGCAUGAUCUCGAUCUAUGUCCAGUGUCUAACUCAUUGUUCACUCUUUAGUCUGUGACUGUGCUGUACAGUCAUUUCAUUGCAAGUGUGGGCUUGUUUGUGGAUAUUUGUACUGGGCCCGAGGAAAUGGAUUUCGUGAACUCACUAUUGCAUUCAGAACUGGAUGUUGCUCCUUAACUAAAUGUGUAAAAUGUUGGUGAGUUAAACUUCAUCCUUUAUUUUUCAAUAAACAUACAACUACUAUUUAAUGAU